ACCGUCGCACUAUCAUGGGAUAUUAUUCGAUGCCACUAAAUUAGGAUUGCAACGAUGACUCAUGACGUCGUACCGGCGACGAUCGUAACAGCCGUCAACGCAGAUUACCGUGCGCGAUUCAAAUUGGACUAGUUGGCAAAAAUGGAUUUCAAACGAAAAACACGUCAGCGAAAGUCAGUCGUAUGACGUCGUGUGUGCGAGCCGCUGCCACAGCGUGCGACUAACCGGCGCCCUCGACACCACCGGUAGUAGGUAGUAUGGCCCGCGUCGCUGACCGUUCAGCCGUCGUCUGACCGACCGACCGACCACCGACGUAGCGUCCCAUCGCAUCGCCAUCCAACCGAUGUUGGCCGGCGGCUACGACAUGGCCUGGCCACUGUUCGUCCUGCUCCUGUGCGCCAACGCUCUGUUGUGCCGGUGCCUGGACAAGGAGGACGUGAUUUUCGCUGUCAACGCCGGUGGCGACGCGCACGUCGACAGCUACGGAAUAUUGUACCAGAGGGACUUCAACCGGAUCGGCACAGAAUCGGACUACGGCAAGAAGCUGUCCAUACAGAGGGUCAAGCCCCACGACCAGAUCCUGUACCAGACCGAAAGGUAUUCGCAAACCACUUUCGGUUAUGACAUACCCGUCAUGCAGGACGGCGACUAUGUGAUGGUGCUCAAGUUCAGCGAGGUGUACUUUACCAAUAGUGGCUUAAAGGUGUUUGAUGUCGUUUUGAACGGUCAACAUGUUGUAGUACCGUUGUUGGACAUCUACGACAAAGUUGGAUUUGGCUCCGCUCACGACGAGUACAUUGAAUUUACGGUAGAUGGUACAACGUUAUAUUGGAGAGGAGAGAUAUCCGAAAUCAAAGGAAAUCUUGUUCGAGUGGAUUUUAUAAAAGGUGAAAGAGAUAAUCCUAAAGUAAAUGCAGUACUUGUAGCCAAAGGCCGGAUUUCAGACAUACCGAGAUUACCAGAUUUAUACUCUGAUAUUGAACCACAACCACACGAUGAGGUAGACGUAGAAGAAGAUCCAUCUAUAAGUGACAGCAAAGAUCCUGUAAAAAUGGUACAACACACUAGAAAUCCUAGUGGACCUAGAGCACCAGAUCCACAAGAUGUAAAUUCCAUGAAGUUAAUGCCAAUAUUUGGCGCUCUGAUCGCAUUUUUUGGAGCACUUCUUCUACUCUGCAGACUAUGAAGAGUUAUAUAAUAAAUAUAUAUUUUUAAUAUUCCUUUUUUUUCUUUUUUUUAUAUAUAUAUUACAAGACUAUUACAGUAUGUUCAGUAUUUUUUUUUAUAUUUUAAUAUUAUUAAAGAAAAACAAACAUAAAUUGCACACAUCAAAAAAAUUGUUAUGGUUACACAUAAUACUGUUACCUAAUUUUUAUUACAGUUGUACAUAAACAUUUUUUCAUAGAUUUGCUUAUUAGAUAUUAAUAUUUAUUUUAAAAAAAUUUUGUGGAAGCAUAUUUGUAUUUCAAAGGACUGAGCAAUUAGGUUUGUUAAUAUUAUGCUUAAUGUUAAAAUUUUUAAUUGGGAAGUGGUUUAUUGUAGUUUUUAAAGACUGUUUUUAUUGUAUAUAUGUUCAAAUGAAUGACAACAAUAAAACCAAUAUGGUAUUUUAAAAAUGAAUUGUAUUAACUGUCUAUAAUUAAAUUUGUUAAAUGGUAACUUGUAAUAAAGCAAUAGUUAGGUGGUUGUUAUUAA